GCGCGCGCGCGCGCGAACGAGUGUGCGUUCGUCUACAAGACAAUAUUUUAUCCUAGCCGAACGCUCCGCACGCACGUUUUUCGUUCGCUUCUGCCGGAGAGAAACGAUGUCGGCGCACAAGACAUUCCGCAUCAAGCGAAAGCUCGCCAAAAAGCUGAAGCAAAACAGACCGAUUCCACAGUGGGUGAGAAUGCGGACUGGCAACACCAUCCGGUACAACGCAAAGAGGCGUCACUGGAGGAGAACCAAGUUGAAGCUCUAAAUUAUACCGAACUUUGCAUUGGCGUCACAUCUAUACCUUAUGGAUUUGAUACAUCGCGUAGGAAUCACAGAAAAGAUCAAAACCAUGGAAAGUAAUGGUGUAUUUUUUUUUUAUUUCUCACACACGUGUCAAGAUGUUUGUGUUAAACUUCAAAUCAGAGAACAAAAUUAAAAACUGUUGAGACAGGGGACAGAUGUGAUUUGUUUUCUUCAAUGUAAAUAAAUAUACGUUCGAUGUAA